GCCUGCUCUCCGCUCUCACCAACUCCUCGUCGGAAUAGCCGGUCCUUCCCCGGGGAGCCAGUUCCUCCCCGGGCCCCUGAGCCAUGCCCAUCGCGGCCGCCGGGGAUGAGCCAGGUGUGAAUUAAUUAUUUGAAAGCACUUAAACAAUGGAGCCAGACAUCAUUCGAAUGUACUCUUCAUCCCCACCACCGCUAGACAAUGGAGCCGAGGAUGACGAUGACGAUGAAUUUGGGGAAUUUGGUGGGUUUUCAGAAGUUAGCCCUUCUGGUGUAGGGUUUGUUGAUUUUGAUACCCCAGAUUAUACUCGUCCCAAGGACGAGUUUGUACCUUCAAACCAUUUUAUGCCAAUUCAUGAUUUCUCAGAAAAUGUAGAUAGCCUUACAAGCUUUAAGCCCAUUAAAAAUGGCAAUGAUAAGGACAUCACUGCUGAACUUUCUCCUCCUGGGAAAGGACAGUCUGAUGUUUUACUUUCUGCCACCAGCACAGAACUAAUUCCAUCUAAAACUUUAGAUAUUUCCAUUGAUGGUCUGGAAAGUCCAGGAGAUUUAAAUAAAGCAGUGGAACAGAGACAGAAUGUUGGAACACCUGAAAGUUUCUCUCCAGGAGAUUUUAGAACUGAUAUGAACAUUGUUCACCAAAACAAGCAGUUAGAGAGCUGCAAUGGUGAAAAGGCUCCUUGUCUGGAGAUUCUGACAAACGGGUUUGCAGUACCAGAAACUGUAAAUCCUCAGGGAACAGAUGAUCUGGACACUGUAGCCGACUCAAAGGGACUAAAGCCUCUUAGCACUCAGAGCACUGAGUAUAAUUUUGACUCUGCACCUAGUCCUCCUGAGGAAUUUGCAGAUUUUGCCACAUUUUCCAAAAAGGAAAGGAUACAACUGGAAGAAAUAGGAUGUAUAGUUUUAAAUGAUAGAGAAGCACUAACCGUUCAGGAAAACAAUAAAAUUAACAGAGUCAGUGAACUGAGUUGUGUAAAAGAAGUGUCUUUGGAUAGAAGCUUUGGCAACAAAGGAGACACUGACAGAGAGGAACAGGUCUGUGUUCAGGAAGGAAGCAUAGUGAGUAACAGAGGUUUCAGUACUGAGAAAGAAGGCUCUACAGCACUGCAACAGGAUGAGCUUUUUAAUUCUAGUGCUCCAUCACAUGCUUGGAGCUCGGUAGACACAGCUGAUGAUUCAGAAGCCAGUAGGAGAGAACAAUGUAAAACUGAGGAAGAACCUGAUUUAUUUCCUUCUAAAUGUGCUCACCUCUGCAUGGAUUUUAUUAAAGCUAACGAUGCUGGUAAUGAAGUUGAUUCUUCCAAAGAAGAAACUACAAAGUUUACUAAUUCCCAAAGCCCCAGCAUCGAUCCCACAGAAGAAAAUGUUUUAGACGAUUCUCUAAGUAUAAAAAAUGGCGAUAGUAGUAACGACUUUGUGACUUGCAACGAUACAAAUGAGGAUGAUUUUGGUGACUUUGGCACAGCCAGUGGCGCAACUCCACCUUUUGCCCCUGGCACUCAAGAUUCCAUGAGCGACAUCACUUUCGAAGAGUCCUCAGAGCACUUUCCACAUUCUGGUGAACCAGGUGAUGACUUUGGAGAAUUUGGGGAUACAAGUGCUGUUUCUUGCCAAGAAGAAAUGAUAUUUACCGAGUCAGACCUAAAACAGACUUCUGAUAGUUUACCAGAAGGAUGUCAGUUGGCAAGAAAGCCUCCUGGGGCAGGCAUUGAGCCUGUUUCAAAACUGGAAAAUGGGCAAGAAGGAGAGUUUGGCGAUUUCGAUUCUGUGCCAGAUGAUCAGGAUGACUGCAGUGCUUUUCAAGACUCGGAUGAUUUUGCGGACUUCAGUUCAGCUGGCCCUAGUCAAGUCGCGGAUUGGAACGCUUUUGAGGAUGAGCAGAAAGAGAGUUGCUCUUGGGCUGCUUUUGGAGACCAGCAAGCUACUGAAUCUCACCAUCGAAAGGAGGCCUGGCAAUCACAUAGGACAGAUGGAAAUACUGCUACUCCAGGAACCCCCCAAAGCCACAGUGUCCCUUCAGCAACUUCCAGAGGAGCAGUGGCUACUGGCCAGUUACAGGAAUCAGCCACUGCAGUUCAGACAACUUUACUAAACCGCCUGGAGCGAAUUUUCGAAGCAUGUUUUCCUUCCGUAUUUGUCCCUGAAGCCGAAGAGGGAGUUACUUCUCUGAAGCACCUGCUGGAAGCAAGCACCUUGCCGGUAAAAACAAGCGAGGCCUCAGCUGAUAGUGGGGAGCUGCUGGAUGUGUGGACCGAGCUUCAGGAUAUCCACGAUGCACAUGGCUUGAGAUAUCAGUGGGGCGGCUCCCAUAGCAACAAGAAGCUUUUGUGCUCCUUGGGAAUAGACACCCGAAACAUUCUCUUCACGGGCAAUAAGAAGCAGCCUGUUAUAGUGCCCAUGUAUGCAGCAGGAUUGGGCAUGUUAGAGCCCACCAAGGAGCCAUUGAAACCACUCUCUGCUGCAGAAAAGAUAGCUUCCAUCGGUCAGACAACCACCAUGUCACCAGAGAUGAACACAUGUACAUCUGAUCAAUUCCAGGAGUCUCUACCACCCGUCCAGUUUGACUGGAGCAGCAGUGGCCUUACUAACCCUUUAGAUGCUAGUGGAGGUUCCACUCUCCUGAACCUUGAUUUCUUUGGGCCGGUGGAUGACAGUAGCUCUAGCAGCAGCACCACAAUCCCAGGUGUGGAUCCAGAGUUGUAUGAGUUAACAACUUCUAAGCUGGAGUUCUCCACCUCAAGCCUCAAAGUGACUGAUACAUUUGCAAGACUCAUGUCCACGGUAGAGAAGACAAGCACGUCUACCAGAUACCCUUAACUUACCCCGGAAUGAGUUCGCGCCAUACACCUUCUGUUUGCUCACAGACUCUCUCCAUUGCUCUCCUUUCGCCUCUGUGUUUGUAGUAUUCUACCUGGCACUGCUCAUGCCUCGUAUUAAGCGAAGCCUACUUGUGAAUGAAGCCAUUGUGGGUUUUUAUGCUUGCUUUCUGAUUUUUUUUCUUUUUCUCUUUCCAAAUAAAUAAUAUAUUUAAAUUGAAAUUCUUUUCAUGUAAAUUUCUCACCCGUUUUUCUACAUACGUUAACCAAAAGCUAGACAUUUUAGAUCCCAGAUCUAGAACUAAUGCACAUUAAAAACCAAAAAACCAAAUCAGCUGUCGUCCAGUCAGUUCCGACUCACAGCGACCCUACAGGACAGAGUAGAACUGCCCCAGGUAGUUUCCAAGGAGCACCUGGUGGAUUUGAACUGCCGACCUUUUGGUUAGCAGCCGAGCUCUUAACCACUACACCACCAGGGUUUCCAAAUGCACAUUAGGCUUUAAAAAAGAAAAAAAAAAGUUUUAAAUAAGGGGAACAAAGUAAAUAUACCAAAAAAGAUAAAAAUGGGGUGAGGGCACCACUGAUGUUUUUCAUAUAUGGGUUUUCCCCUUCCGUUUUUAGGACAGCCCUUUAUUUACUGUCCUUGCCGUUUGUCCCCUGCAGUCUUACUAAUCUAAGUCCAGUUUUGAAAGUCCCAGCAUGAGAAUUCAUUCUUUGUGCCAGUAGGAGGCGCUCUAAACCGCGUUGUUGACUUGCAUGCUCGCCUCACUUUUUCUGUCUUGGAACGUGCUAUGCACUAGAGAACUUUCCAAGCCCUGUACACUUUCAGAAGUUAUUUCCAUUGCCUUCUUAUUCUGUACUAUUUAACUAAGACUGCCGUGUAUAUCCUGGGGCCAGGGGGGUAGCUGCUUUGACUUACCCCCCAGUACCUGUCCAGCUUUAUAUU